GAAGAAGAAAAGGAAUACACAGGUUCCUUUUCGUGCGUAAUUCUGUUUUUACCCUGGUGGUUUUGUAUCUUUUCAUAAAACCACAACUGCCUACACUGAGGACAAACCCAGGGGGGGCUUGCUCACUGUUCUGUCUUUUCUAUCCCUCCUGUAUUUGAAAUGGCAGAUGGCAACAGUCUCAUCAUGGAAUCGCAGCAUGGGGAUUUUUGUUUGGACUGAAACCAUACAGCUGCUUUCAGAACUAGCCAGCUACCUGACAAAAUAGUGGGUUCUUUGGUUCAUCGUACCCUUGAAGGGCCCCUCGGACACGUAUUCCUGCCCAAGAUGAUGAAUUCCUCCCUGGAUCCACUGAACCAAAGCUCUGCUGACCCCACAAACUUAUCUACUCCCUUCUGCCUGCUUGAGAUAGGCUAUUCCCAAAUUUUCUCCACCUGCCUCCUUGAAGUCUCUAUCAUACUUCUCCUCACUGUUCUCAUUAUUUCUGGCAACCUGGUGGUGAUUUUUGUGUUUCACUGUGCCCCCCUGCUCAGCCAGCACACCACCAGUGCUUUCAUCCAGACUAUGGCGUAUGCUGAUCUGCUGGUGGGGGUCAGCUGCCUGUUCCCCUCCCUGUCCCUCCUCCAUCACCUCCAGGGCCUCGACCCUAAACUCACCUGCCAGGUGUUCGGUUACAUGGUAUCCGUUUUGAAAUCAGUUUCAAUGGCAUCGUUGGCAUGUGUGAGCGUAGACCGCUACAUUGCCAUCACACAACCUCUGACUUACGCGUCCCUAGUAACACCUUGCCGAGUGCGCUGCUGCAUCGUUCUAAUAUGGUUGUACUCUGCUCUGGUGUUUCUCCCAUCUUUUCUCGGGUGGGGGAAGCCUGGUUACCACGGCGAUGUGGUGGAGUGGUGCGCAGUUGAGUGGAGGACUCGUCCGGCUUUCACAACUUUUAUUGUUGCAAUGCUCUACGCCCCGGCUGCUCUCACUGUCUGCUUCACCUACGCUAACAUCUUCAAAAUCUGCCGACAGCACACCAGGGAGAUCAGCGAGCGGCAUGCACGUUACAGACCCCAACAGCUGCAGGGCCCGGGAUUGACAGUGGGAUCUGUGGUCAAGGACAACAGUGCAAUAGAGCAAGGGCAGUUGCCCCACAUGUCCCAACCACAAAAAUCCCAGCCCCAGCAUCAGCAGCCCACAUCAACAUACCCAGACAAGCGAUAUGCUAUGGUACUAUUCCGCAUUACAAGUGUAUUUUAUAUCCUAUGGUUGCCCUACAUUCUCUACUUUCUGUUGGAGAGUGGAGGGAUCUACCACCAUCCUGCAGCCUCAUUCCUAACCACGUGGCUGGCCAUCAGCAACAGCUUCUGUAACUGUCUCAUCUACAGCCUCUCCAAUUCUGCCUUCAGGAAAGGUCUCAAACGCCUCUGCUCCUUCUGUUUACAGCGCAGUGGCGGUGGCUUUGGGGUUAGGAACACCAAAAAGGCUUUUGUUGGUUCUGUUGAAAAAGGAUGUGCAGGGUAUGGAUAUGGUCACGGGCAAAUUGGAAUUGGCACAACAUGUCAUGUGUAGGGCACUCGUAGAGGAAACCCUUGUCCCAAAUUGGCGUUGGAACUUUUUAAAAGAUGCCUCAUAUGAUUGCUGUAAGAGGUCUCCUCUUUUAAGCUAAAAUGUGCUGUAAAGAGAUGGAAGGAGGCGUUGAUCUGCCGCCGCCGCUGCUUCUGUUGCAUUUGGAGGUUACACAAGCGCCCUCUCUGCACACGCCACAGCCGGCAAAGAGAGAGAAAGGCCUAAAUAACCCUGCAAGGUGUUCUAAAACAGUCAAAGAAACCCAGCUCAUUGUGUGUGGACUGGGGUGAUAAAUGGAAGGGGUUGAAAAAGGAGAAGAAAAAGGCGUCUGAUAAUCUCUGGACGUGAACUCUUUUGAGGUUGAACAUUUUUAUCUAUUAGUUUUCUUUUAUAAGAAGCCAUUCCUUAAGUUAUUUUGCCAAAACAAUAAAACUUUGUUCUGAAAAACUGUAUGCGCAGUAUGUGAAACAAUGUGACCUCUGUUGCCCGAUUAUUAUCACAGUAUGAGUUAAAUGCACAGCUGACUGCUGUGUUUUAGUAAUGUCGUGCUGUGGUAAACUGCCAAUAGCAAGCUCUUCUGAAUAUGUUUUUACGCGCUCUUACCCCCCCCCUCGGUAUUUGAAUACUGAAAGUGAUGCAACAGUGUGUUUGUGUGUCGUGUAUUUGUUGUGUCUCUUGAUAUUGACUGAUUGUCAGUCAGAAAGAAAUUAUGUAGGUGCAGUACACAUGUCAUUUUAUAGUUUGUUUGCAUUGACUGAACAAAUUAUGGCUUGUCAGCGUCCAAAUCUAUUCAUAAACUUUAAAAUUUUAAAUUAUUUAUUGAUGUUGUACAAGACAAAAUGUUAUGUAUUUAACUAAGUCGUGGGUUCACACAUUGAUAUAUGGUAUGAGAUGUUACCCAGCUUUGGUGUACGACUGUUAACCUGACAAAAAGCAAACGUAAUUGUGAUUUUUUUGUUUGUUUUUAUUACAACAACAUUACAUUGUACGUUUUGUUGUUUUGAUUAUACAACUAAACCAUUUUCAUAACUGUGUCCAAUAUAAAGCAAGACCAAGAAAGGAUGUAUUUUUACAUUAUUGGGUGGAUUUAUUUUAAGGCUUUUGGUCGUAACGGUAAAAAUGUUAAGCAGUUAGAUGAAUGACCCUUUAACUGUGAUCCUUACCCCUUGUCUUUGGAAUUUCCUGAGAGGAAUAGUCUUAAUGAGAAGUCAUGAAUGCGUGAUAGUGGAAAAUACACAUUUACACAUUCUUGCAAAUGAUAACCUUGUUACAAACCUAGCUGUAUGCUGUAUUCUGGCAGUAUUAUUGUGACUGCUUUUCGGGAGUAGGACUUGUGCACGCACACAAACACGAACACACACACACACACAAACAAACACACACACACAUCGACACAGGAGGAUCACAUGUAAACAGAACAGACAAAUAGCCCAUUCACUCUCCCAGCAGGCCAACCUCCAUUAAGAGGGACUGACCCCUGAACUCCCUGGGAAUUGCAGUUACAUAUGUGUGUGUAUAUAUGCGUCUGUGUGCAUGCAUGUGUUGUAGUCUGUUUCUGUCAUCUUGUCCCCAUGUGUAGUUGCGUGGGUUCUUUUCACUCUUAACUUGAUAUUUAAUACAAACUAAACAAGACCAAUAAUAAGCGGAAUUGAAUCUAAUUGUAAAUACUGCGUUAUAAACUCAGAAGUUGUGAAAAAUCAUCUAUUUUGAACCAUGGAGAAUUGUGUUAAUUCAUUUAGGUGCAGAUAAUCUAGCUUUAUAUCUUUUUAUCUAAUCUACCAAAGAGAGUUCAGCAAAUAUAUUUUUAUCUAAAUAUUUAGUAAGAAGCGAGGGGGUUUUGCACAAAGUUUGUUUAGGUCCACUGCACUGUGUCGGCUCAGUGAUGCCUUAUGUGCAUUAAUGACGGGUUCUCAGUUUAUAGUGAUAUACUGUUGCCUUGAUAUACAAAUGAAAAUGAACUGUUGGGAAAGUAUUUUCCUCUUACGUUUAGGGAGGGCUCAAUUUAUAGACACAUGACUGUUUUUAGAGGGAAAAGCACUUACUGGAAAUUGAAUGCAUGUGCAGAGAUGAAAAUGCACAUUAGCCAGCCUUGAUUCCACAUUCAUUACAAAAAUAACCUGAACCCCAUUUGUUGCAUAACGUAAUUAAAAGAUUUGACUAUUAAAUCAGCCACUCGUCAAAAAUGAAUGAUUUCCAAUUAUUGUUCCUGUCUUCUGUAAAGCUGAAAAUAAUCAGGAGCGAAAACAUGGCUCAAAACUGUUUUUUUGUUGUUGUUGCAUGUAUUUGUUUGCGUGUGUGUAGGUGUGGAUGAGUGUGUGUGCAGGCAUGUUAGGAUGUGACCAUUGGCUGAAUUAGACUGUUGACGGUGUUCUAGCAAGGGUGCUAACAGAGCUAUCACCUUUGAUUGAUUUAUUAGCUGCACAUCACUCUCCUUGAGUAUACUGUAUUUUGUGAGUGUAUGUGAGUAGGUUGUACAAUAAUGGUAGAUGGAUUCACAUGUUGUCUUUAAGUAUUUUAGCUGUCCUCUGUGAAACUUUGCCAAAUAUUGUAAUCUUUCCUGUUUGUACCUUCUUUUGUUCAGAAAUGGCGUAUUGAAUGUUGUCAAACUACAGAAAUUUAUUUUUGUGAAAUUACUUACUUUCUGUUUUUUCUCUCGUGAGGUGAUAAAAUGUUGCGGAUUCUAAGUAGGUUUAGUAGCAUGCUUACCUAUUGAAAUGAUUGAAACAGUGUCUUGGAAAAUGGAUUUUAAUUUAUUUUGCCAGCUCACCAGAAAAGUAUAUUAUUUCCCACAACAGUUAAUGGUACAGUUCCUCAGAAAUGUGUAAGAUUUAGGACUUUUAAGUAUCAUGGGAAAUAUGCCUAAACAUGCUCACAUUAGCGUUCACACACAUUCCCCUUUUUCCUGUGGGAAAACAAUUCUCGUGUUCUCAAGGGGAACGACACUCUGGUGGUGGCUGUAUGGAGGUACAGUGCCAUGUUGGAUAGGAUUAGAGAAAACAAGACUGAAUAUGGUCACUAGGGUUUGAUUUAGGAAGCCAUUUGUAGGUUAAAUGCAGCCUUGUCAGUCACAUACUGUUUAUGUGGUUCAGUGUAAAUAAAAGUGUAUAAAUUGAACACAUGAAGUUUUUAAUUAUAAUUGGGGCAUUAUUUAAAAUAACCUAUAAAGUCCAAUUUGAUGCACAGAUUUGUAUCUUGAACAUAUUAUUGUGUCAGUUCAGGAAAAAAAAGUAGUAUAGUAGUAGUAUUUUACACCAAAAGAAUACUGGUUGACUAUUUUAUCUCAGAGUAGAGAUUGUACAGUACCCUGAACAAGCAGUCCACCCUCACUGUUAUAUUGCACUUUAACACACACACACACACCCCACACACAGUGGUAUUUUAUUAUCUGUCUUUUAGUCUGUUUUAGCUUUUGUUCUUUGUGUUUUCGUAAGGCUUGAAAUAGGCCAUACCAGACCCCCACUUAAUGGCUGACUCAUGACCCAGCUCUUCUUCUUAUUUACACAUUAAAAUGAGACUGACCACUGUAACAACUUGGUCAGGAAAUGUCCCAAAAGAUGCUCUGCAUCUGUUUUUGUCCACAAUGAAUGCUGAAAAUUGCUCACAGUGAACGAGGGUGCAUUUGUGAAUUGGAUAUUGAAAAAUGUAUGCCGUUACCAAAUUACAUCAUGUCAUAUUUCAUACAUCAGGGGUGUUGAAUUUGGUUUUUGUAAGAUGUCUGUUUUUAUAGAUGGAGAAUGUUGCAAUAAUGGAAAUGGUCAAACAUGUUUAAUUUUGCUGUCAUGAAAGUCAGUCUCUGAGACUAAUAAGAUCUUUUUUUAUUACAUAAUGCUUUGUAGGUGACAAGCCUAUAUGGUAUUGUAAGAUGUACAUGUUGUGUAUCUGUACUGAGCAAAUAAAUGUAAUGUGAUCUCAAUGUA